UCCGCCACUUCCGGCGCGCUCGCGGUUGUUGUGGAACCCGCUGGCAUUUAGGCGGGCGGUGCUAUGUGGUUUCUGUCUGCUCCGCAAUUCUCGGUAGCUGAGCUCCCUACAAGCGGACGGCGCGGCUUGGAGCUCUGGUGAGCCGUGUGAGCGGCGGGCGGGACAGGCGCGCCUUCCUCGAGCCUGCGCUCCCGGGACGACGACCCCGCGGCCUCCGGGUGCAGCCGGUGCGCGCUUGGCCUCACCAGAACCGGUUUUGUUCGUUUUACGCCUGAAUUCGCGUCAGUUCUUAUUUCUCUCUGUGGCGACGUCUGGAGGCUAUCAGGAAAAUAGCACUGAGGCUGGCUGUAUCAGUGUGUUAUGAUGCCAUCUCGUACCAACCUGGCUACUGGAAUCCCCAGUAGUAAAGUAAAAUACUCAAGGCUCUCCAGCACAGAUGAUGGCUACAUUGACCUUCAGUUUAAGAAAAGCCCUCCUAAGAUCCCCUACAAGGCCAUCGCACUUGCCACUGUGCUGUUUUUGAUAGGUGCUUUUCUUAUUAUCAUAGGCUCCCUCCUGUUGUCCGGCUACAUCAGCAAAGGGGGGGCAGACCGGGCCGUUCCCGUCCUGAUCAUUGGCAUUCUGGUGUUCCUGCCAGGAUUUUACCACCUGCGCAUUGCCUACUACGCAUCCAAAGGCUACCGGGGUUACUCCUAUGAUGACAUUCCGGAUUUUGAUGACUAGCACAUCAGCCCAAGAAGAGUCACAGUGGAACAACACCCAGCUUUACAAUAUUGAACAGAAACCAUGCUUAAGGGCUGAGGAAUUUUGCAGUUAGUAGAAGUUUAACAAAUCAGUGGUCAGAUUUUAUGGGUCCAUCCCAAAAAUGUUCACUGAGCUUACAAUUAGCUAAUUAAUACAUGCUGUUUUCAUUUCCUGGCCCUGGCAAAAGCUCCAGUUUUUCCACUUGAAUAGGUGCCAUGGAAGAAUAGCAUUGUUAAUUAUCUUAAAAAGCAGGAAGUCAUUCUGUAGUGGAAAGUGAUUCUACUACUACUACUGUCUUUAAAGUUGAGAAUUUCUUUGAAAUAGUCCUCAUUGUCAGUUUGUCAUAGCAAAUGGAAGUAUGCAAUAUGCCUCAUUUCCUUCCUAAGUAAUUUAUUUUUAAUCUAAGUACCCUCAAACAUAUCUCUGCACUGUCAUGUUCUGUGGAAGACCUGGGUAAAAUCAGAUAUCAGUGUGGGUCCUUCUGUAAUAUUUUUUUACUAGCUUUGUUACUGAUAGCAACCAGGAAUUUUUUCACUGUAGAGUGAAUUUUCCAAAUACAAUUUCUCUUGACAACCAGUCUUUGGCCAGCUCUGACCUAGUUUCUCAAUAGGGUUGCCAGCAAAUUAUUUGAGUCAUUUUGUCUCUUGUAGAUGAAGAUGUUCUGUAUGUCACGCCUUGAAGGACCGGACUUUUGACUUUUCCUAAUGAAAAAUGUGGAUAAGUUAUUCAAGGUUUAUAACUUUAUUGCUAACACCUGGGACUGCAGUAGCUUUCUGAUAAAAAUUGAAAGACUUGGCUUUGCUCUCUGGAGGACUAGAUUGCUUUAGGUUGAUUCUGUUUCCUUGCUUGCAAAAAGGACAUAUACUUAAAAGAAAUUAAACGGUCAAAAUCCAAA